UCAGCUCCAGCCGUCACCCGCACCGGGCCGGGGCCAUGGGCGCCCUGCGCCGCCCGGGUCAUGAGGACGGAGGCGGAGGCAGCGGGUCCGCCGCUCGAACCGGGGGACUUGGUGCAGCUGCCCGUGCCAGUCAUCCAGCAGCUAUACCAUUGGGACUGCGGCCUGGCUUGCGCAAGGAUGGUGCUGAGGUACUUAGGCCAGCUGGACGACGAGGAGUUUGAGAGUGCCCUGCAGGCAUUGCAGCUGACCAGGAGCAUCUGGACCAUAGACCUGGCCUACCUCAUGCGCCACUUUGGCGUGAGGCACCGCUUCUGCACCCAAACCCUGGGCGUCGACAAGGGCUACAAGAACCAGUCCUUCUACAGGAAGCAUUUUGACACCGAGGAGACCCGGGUCAACCAGCUGUUCGCACAGGCCAAGGCCUGCAAGGUGCUGGUGGAGAAAUGUGCCGUGAGCAUCCAGGACAUCCAGGCCCACCUGGCCCAGGGCCACGUGGCCAUCGUGCUGGUGAACUCGGGCGUGCUGCACUGUGACCUGUGCUCCAGCCCCGUCAAGUACUGCUGCUUUGUCCCCCGCGGCCACCACUGCUUCUGUCGCACGCCUGACUACCAGGGCCACUUCAUCGUGCUGCGUGGCUACAGCCGGGCUGCAGGCUGCAUCUUCUACAACAACCCAGCCUAUGCCGACCGUAUGUGCAGCACCAGCGUCAGCAACUUCGAGGAAGCCAGAACCAGCUAUGGCACAGAUGAGGACAUCCUGUUUGUCUACCUGGAGAGCUGA